AUGGCUCUGCUGAAGGUUCUGAUGCUGCUGGGGCUGGGUGUUUCAGUGAACUCAGAUGUUUCUCUGCAGAAGAGAAUCAUUGGAGGUCAAAACUGUGAUGACACGGAGCGUCUUUAUCAUAUUCGGCUAGAGAGCCGCAAUGGUACUCAUAUGAGCCGCUGUGGAGGAUCUCUGAUCCACCCUCAGUGGAUCCUGACUGUGGCUCGCUGCUGGCAGUCGGAGCCAGGAUGGACUAACAGAGCAAUGUUAAAAGUUCAUCCACGGACUGUUAUACAGUACAUACAGUCAAUCGAACAAGUUCCUGAGAUUUACGGCCCAGACCAUGACAUCAUUUUGCUGAAGCUUCAGAGACCAGUAACAGAUGUCCCAGUUGCUCGGCUACCAGACUGCAGUUAUCGUCUUAAAGCAGACGAUGUUGUUCAGCUGGCAGGAGAUGGAGCAACAACAGCCGGCCCCAAUAAUGAGCAAUUAUCACCCAAUGCUCCUAUUCCAGCACACCUUCAAUGUGUCAACAUGAGAGUUAUUCGUAUUUCCGUCAUCAUGCCGCCGUAUGGGUAUAUAUUCCUUGCUUCAGCACCGAACAAGGAUAUAUGUCGUGGCGACACUGGUGGAGCAGCGGUGUACAAUGACAUGAUUUAUGGUGUGAUUUCUUUUGGUGGAGCAAAGGCAUGUCAGAAACCAACUGCAAUCUUGGAUGUGUGUGGAUAUCUGCAGUGGAUAAAAGCAGCAACUGGGAUUCAAUAA